CUGCGGGGUAAAGGUUCGGUUUCACGGGCCUGCGGAAAGGUCGUUUAAAUUUAAAAGACUGAAAUCCUCCCCUUUCUCUCGGAGCUCCUGCACCCCCCUCAUGCAGUAGCGAGCAGACUGCAGGAAAAGCCAGGAGGGUAAGGCAGAGAGCGGGGCUUGGUACGCGAGGCUGGCUCCAUGUAUCCGGAAUCGACCACUGACUCCCCGGCACGACUCUCGCUGAGGCAGACGGGCUCCCCCGGGAUGAUCUACAGCGCUAGGUAUGGGAGCCCCAAGCGCCAGCUCCAGUUCUACAGAAAUCUGGGCAAGUCUGGGCUGCGAGUGUCCUGCCUCGGCUUGGGAACAUGGGUGACUUUCGGAGGGCAGAUCACGGACGAGAUGGCCGAGCAGCUGAUGACUUUAGCGUAUGACAAUGGCAUUAAUCUCUUCGACACAGCAGAGGUCUACGCUGCUGGCAAGGCUGAAGUUGUGCUGGGAAACAUUAUCAAGAAGAAGGGGUGGAGACGAUCCAGCCUGGUCAUCACCACCAAAAUCUUCUGGGGAGGAAAAGCAGAGACGGAGAGGGGGCUGUCCCGAAAGCACAUCAUAGAAGGUCUGAAGGCGUCCCUGGAGCGGCUGCAGCUGGACUACGUGGACGUGGUGUUCGCCAACAGGCCCGACCCCAACACGCCGAUGGAAGAGACGGUGCGCGCCAUGACCCACGUCAUCAACCAGGGGAUGGCCAUGUACUGGGGGACGUCGCGCUGGAGCUCCAUGGAGAUCAUGGAGGCGUACUCGGUGGCCCGGCAGUUCAACCUGAUCCCGCCGAUCUGUGAGCAGGCCGAGUACCACAUGUUCCAGCGGGAGAAGGUGGAGGUGCAGCUGCCCGAGCUCUUCCACAAGAUAGGCGUCGGCGCCAUGACCUGGUCCCCGCUGGCCUGUGGCAUCGUCUCAGGGAAGUACGACAGCGGCAUCCCCCCCUACUCCCGGGCAUCGCUGAAGGGGUACCAGUGGCUGAAGGACAAGAUCCUGAGCGAGGAGGGCCGGCGGCAGCAGGCCAAGCUGAAGGAGCUGCAGGCCAUCGCCGAGCGCCUGGGCUGCACGCUGCCCCAGCUCGCCAUCGCCUGGUGUCUGCGGAACGAGGGCGUCAGCUCGGUCCUGCUGGGUGCCUCCAACGCAGACCAGCUGAUGGAGAACAUCGGAGCAAUACAGGUUCUUCCAAAGCUGUCAUCUUCCAUCGUCCACGAGAUCGACAGCAUCCUGGGCAAUAAACCCUACAGCAAGAAGGACUACAGAUCCUAAGCACGUACCGCCGCUGGGAUGCCGCGCCGCCCUCGCCUCCUGUUCGCUUGCUUACGCUUUGUUGAAGCAAAGUGGAGAGCUGUUUGCAUCGAGAACACAAUGCGCCGAGACCGUCUAGAGAAAUCGUUUCAAAUGUCGCUGCAAGAGAACAUAAUGCUUACUACGUAACAUUUAUUUUGGAUGCAAGAAAAGCCACUGCCGGGGAGCGCGCAGAGGCGGUGCCCACCUGAUGCCCGGCCUCGGAGCUUCCUCUCCAACUGCUGAAGCCGCCCACGCCGGUGCACGAUGACGACGGGCGCCUUGGGCUCGGGCUCCACGCUGCGCUGGCGUGGCUGGCCCCGGCACACAGCCCCGGCACGCUCGCUGGGCACUGCGCAGAGGACUCGGCCGGUGGGACCUGUCCCGGGUGGCGGCUCCGGCCGUUGCAUGCGUCUCCCCGCUGCUUCUCUUCUUUACUUCGUGUUUCUGGACGAGGAGGCUGUUACAUUCGGGCGUGCUCGGAGCACGGCGGCCGCGGGAGCAUUGCGCGUGCAGGGCUGGCUGCUGGCCGGGACCGCACGGGCUGUAAGAGGCUGCUGUACAACACCAACAAGGAAACAACAACCAAACCAC